CCUCUCUUCCUGGCCUAUAUAACAAGGCCCUCCCCGCACGCUUCCCCCUCACAUCGCACAUAAUUUAGAGGCAUUUUACAAGAGAGCACAGCGAGAGAAAAUAGAAGAGAAGAGAAGAGGAAGAUAAUCCUGACCCCAUGGAGAGAGUCGCGUCGCGCUGUGUCAGCCUCCUCGCACAAAGGAGGGGCUACUGUGCGGCCGCGGCCAUGGUGAAGGGAGCAGGGAGGAGCGCCGCUGCUGAGGAGAAGACCGCCGUCGCGGCGAAGAGCGCAAUGGCUGCGAGGAAAGACGUGGGCGCUGGCGUGGAGAAGGCGGCGUGGGUGCCGGACCCGGUGACCGGGUACUACCGGCCGUCGGGCGCCGCCAAGGAGGUGGACGCGGCUGACUUGCGCGCCAAGCUGUGCUGCUAAGCAAAGCAAGGGAACUAAUUGACGGCCGCCCGUCAAGAACAUAUUUUCCCUUAAGCGUAAGCGUAAAACUGAACACUGUGAGGCGUUUCCACAGCUCUGAUCGAGCAUGGCUUUGCCUUAGGAUACGUGCUCUCAUCUCAUUGAUCGCUAUAGUCCACUUUCUCCUAGCGCGGCGUGUCCAGGAGAAUUCGCCUUCCCGUUUCUCUUCUCGAUGUUCGCAUGAUACAAGAAUAUAUAAUUUUGUACUGAUUGAUUAAAUAAUGAGUAAAGUGUUCCCGCAAAAAAAAA